AAAGGAGCAAACAAAGGGAAUCCAACACGUCUCGAAACGUCUCAAAGCGCCCCGACUCUACAUAUUCCCCCUCGAGGGUUCUUAAUUGAGUCAUCUUGACUUCUCCCACUACCAUUCUCUAGUUUCUUCCCUCGCUCAUUACCGUUUAAAAGUAACCCGCGUGUCAUGGCUCCCAGAAAAGCCGCAUCCAGCGCGAUAGCUGCUCGCUCACAGACAGCCACCAAGUCCAAAGUGACAAAAAAGACAGCCCAAGAACCCGCGAAGAAGGCAUCCACCAAGGCUGCAGCUCCAAAAGCGAAACCUGGGCCUAAACCUGGCUCAAAAAGGACAAAAUCAGUUGAAAACAAUGAGCAAGUCAAGGUGAACGGAGUCUCGCACGCUACGGACAGCGACAACGAGGAGGUUGAUAAAGUUGACGUGUCUAAGAAGCGCAAAGCGGUUGCCGAUGAGGUUGCGACGCGCGAGCCUAAGAAAGUCCGAGUCGUCAAAGCUCCCGUCGUCAAGCCCAAGGUCGUCAUCAAUCACCCCCCUACGCAGCGAUUGAACGUCUAUGUCUGCGGCGAAGGAAGCUCCGGAGAACUCGGUCUUGGUGCCGCCAAGAACGCUGUUGACGUGAAGCGUCCUCGUCUCAACCCGCACCUCCCUGCGGACAAGGUUGGCGUGGUCCACAUUGCCACCGGCGGCAUGCAUUGUGUUGCACUCACUCAUGAUAAUAAGAUAUUGACCUGGGGCGUCAAUGACCAGGGAGCGUUGGGUCGCAACACUACUUGGGAUGGAGGCUACAAGGACAUCAAAGAAGGCGAUGGGGACGACUCAGACUCGGAUUCCGACAGUGAUAGUGGCCUGAACCCUCGCGAAUCGACUCCUGCGGCCGUUCCGUCCGAGUAUUUCCCCGAAGAUACUGUUUUUGUCCAGGUUGCUGCAAGUGACAGUGCUAGUUUCGUUCUGACCGAUGUUGGAUCUGUCUAUGGCUGGGGUACAUUUAGAAGCAACGACGGCAUCCUGGGCUUUGACGGAGAAUCUACAGUCCAAAGAACUCCCGUCCUCUUACCCACCCUCAAGAAGAUCAAAUCCAUUACCUGCGGUGCCAACCACGUGCUCGCUCUCAACGACAAAGGCUCAGUCUUCGCCUGGGGUUCCGGCCAACAGAACCAGCUUGGCCGCCGUAUCAUCGAGCGCACCAAAAUCAACGGCCUACAGCCCCGGGAAUUCGGUCUGCCCAAAAAUAUGGUGGGCUUAGGAUGCGGCUCUUACCACUCCUUCGCCAUCCACAAGUCCGGCAAGGUCUACGCGUGGGGUCUCAACAGCUUUGGCGAGACAGGCAUCAGGAUGGGCGCGGGUGACCGCGAAGCGGCCAUCCUUCACCCGCUCGUCGUCGAGUCCCUGAAAGACAAAGACAUAAUUCAAAUCUGCGGUGGCGAGCACCACUCCCUCGCCCUCACAGCCAAGGGCGAAUGUCUAGCCUUUGGGCGUCUUGAUGGCUUCCAGACCGGUCUGAAAAUCGAUUCUUUACCGGAAUCAUCUAUCAUUCGUGAUGAUAGGAAUGCACCCCGCAUCCUCAUUACGCCCACUGCUAUUCCCGGUAUUGACGCUUGCCAUAUCGGCAGUGGAAGUGAACAUUCCAUCGCUAUCGAUAAGGAUGGGCGUGCGUGGUCGUGGGGCUUCUCUGCCAACUAUCAAACCGGCCAGGGGACUGAUGAGGAUAUCGAAGUCGCGUCCAUCGUGGAGAACACUGCUGUGCGCGGGAAGCGUUUGAAUUGGGCGGAUGCCGGUGGGCAGUAUUCAGUCUUCACUGAGAUCGCUGCCACGACGACAAAUGCUUGAAUUGACGUUUAAAGAUGAUUUUUUAGAAUUUCUCGUUUCCGAGCUUGCUGUUUGUUUUAAUAUUUCGUCUUGUUUUAUCUUGAUAUUUGAUUUUGAUUUGAUUUUGUUGAUUUUUGUCUAGGGCUCUUUUCUUCAUUUGAAUUCGGGUUUUUCUUUUCUUUUCUUUUUAUUUUAACAUUUCUUCUACUUUCUUUUUGUUAAUUGCAUUGUGGGAUAGUACGGGUAGAUUGAUUGAUUGGGCUCUUUUUGUUUAUUGACCCUUUUUUUUUUUUUUUUUUUUUUUGCUUCAAUGCUGUUGUUGGUUUAUCAUUUUCCAUUUAAAGCUUCCUUUCGCCUUUCUCCGCAGAAUUUUUUCCAGAAAUUUCACAUCUAGGGCCUUAUUUCCUGCUUUCAAUAUCAGCGAUUCAUUGUAUUUUCCAGCUUUUCACUCAAACACUGCAUUGACAUAAAUUCUAUCAUACAUUUGCACAUUCUCUUUGUUCCACGUUUUUGACCUUGAUUGAAGAGGGAAAAAGGAAAAGUAAAAAGGAACAAAAGCUCGCCAGAGCUACCAUCAUGCAUGUCUUUCUUUCAUGUGGGGUUAAUCGGUUUUCCUAAACUAACAGAAUUUACGGGGUAUUAAAAAUCAUAAUCAUCCAUCGCAUCCAAAUCAUCAUAGCCGCCUACUUGCGGUAGUCCUGAACUUGGGCCUGCACCCUUCGGUAUGGUGGUGGUGGUUCUAGGCUUUGGUUCCCGUUCUGAUGGCAUCCCACCACCCUCAUGCUCAGCUAAGAGAGCGUCUAACUCGUCAUCUUCGGGUGCGUUUUCGUCAUGCCCUGGUGGCACAUUCAUGUUCGCACGGGCAUUAUCGUUGCGAUCAUCCCUGACGAAAAGGUCAUCGUCACUAUCAGCAUUGUUGCCAAAGUUGUGUUCUGCCAUCUUCCCACCUCCUCCCCCGCCACCGAAAAUGGACGGUAUUUGAUUUUCUGUGGAAACAUCAGUGGUAUCGAGGUUUUCUCGAGUGGGCGAUGUUCUUGCUUCGCGUCGGGUAGUAUUUGUCGUCGCAGCGGGAAAUAAUUCAUCUUCGUUUUGACCAUGCUCAUCACGAGUGACUGCAUCGUUCGCAGCCGGAAGCUGGGUUGUGUCAUUGCU